AUGGUGGGAGAUGUGAUUCCGCUCAAUGAUCUGUGGUGUGUCCUGCUUGGCAUAGAGAUAUAUUGGACAACUACCCAUGUAUCAUCUGAUGAGAAGCUCUAUUUAGCUAAGGCAUUGCGGCGUUACAGAAAAACACACGGAUCACUGUGCUUAGGUGGGUACUUUGUUGAUGCCAUCGUGGCCCGACUGAUGGAAGAGAAGGACGCUGGAUUGGGCAAAGACGUCGUUGGCGUGAAGAAAGCAUUAGACGGUGGCGGGCCAGCAAAAUGCGCUGGAUGGAAGCCAGAAGGGAUGAAGAAGAAAGCGAGAUUCUGGAGCAAUACGUUGCGAUUGCCAGAGAAGAAGCCAGAAAAACUCAAUGCUAUGACCCAUGCAUCUUUCAGGAAGAAAGUGGUGUACAUCGACCCCCAGUCACUCACCCACGAGGCCAAGAAUGCUAAGUGCAUUCUCUUCCAAGACCAGCACUUUGUGGCUUUGCGAUUCUUGGAUGGGCAAUGGGAAAUCAAUUUUGAACGGUAUACGCAUACCUGGGAAAAAGCUGAUCUGUACCGUGGCCUUCAGCGUGGACAUCCCUACUGUCAAGAUGAGAAGGGCGUGUGGAUUAUCGAUGUGGAAGAGGUCGAUGCUGCCUAUUACAUUGCUUCCCAAGAAGAUGUGUGCCACAACAGCAGAGGAAAAGAUGAGUGCGGUGGCUCUAUCUCUAACCACUCUGGCAUGAAACGAAAGUGCGUCGAAGAGGAUGAAGAAGAAGCGCAAUUCCGCUCAACAAACAUUCGGCACAAUCGUCAAAUCUUUCGGACAGAGUGGACGAUCUACGCAAGCGAGGAGGACCUUGCUGGCUCCAUCGACUUGGCAGCUAGAAUGCCGGUCCCUUGGGUGAUGCUUUCAGCCAACCCUUUGCAGCCUUCACCUAUUGAUCCAGAAAUGCAAGCCAGGAUUUGGGCUCAGCUGAAGCAAUUCCGUACGGAAGUAGAGCCUUCGUUUCCUACACUUGCAAAGUUUCCACAUCUCUUUUGGAUUCUACCAGUUCCUUUUGAUCUGCAGCAGCCACGUGCGAAUUGGAUUGUUCAGAUGAGGGCAUAUGGUUGUUUCCUGUCCAUGAUUCACAACGGUCAGUCACAACAGUUAGAGCUUGCCCUGAUGGCGUACUACAGUCCAGAAAUUGAGAGGAACUUUGGACUGCUAGAGCUGGUUUCAACUCAAAAGGCUUCUGUCAGCAGACGUGACAGGCUGAAGAGGUUGAUGGCUGCUUGGAUGUGCUUGCACGUGCUGUCUGUACCAGUCCCAGGAAGAGAGAGCGGCAUGCCUGCAAUUGGUUGCGCUGAUGACUCAGUAGACGUGGCCAGCCAGCGAAGCGGUCCACGCACUGCUGCGAAAUCGAAAGCAGGUCCAAGCCAGAGAGUAGAAGACAGUGCCAUGAGAAUUGUCAAGGAAGAGGACAAAGAAGCUGACGACAUUCCUCUAGAAGAUGCUACUUUUGAGAGGCUGAAGCAAAGACGUCACAUGAGGGGAGCCAACACGUCAGAUGUAGAUUUCGCGCACCUGUUCAACUCCUUGGCAAAAAUGAACGACUGCUUCCAGCAAGAACCUGCAGAGGAGAUCGAUACGUCAGACACCAUCUUGCGCAAGGAGAAUCAAUUCUUGGCUGCGUGCGUGAAUGCUUGCUUAACUUUUGAAGGGCAGCAGCGCAAAGAAAAGAAUAGAGAAGAACACGCAGAUGAAGAGCAAGAGGGUCCGGGGCAACAAGGUCCACAAGGACCAUGGAAUGCAGCCACUGCGAAAACCAUCAUGGCAGUGAAAAAGCAGUUGUCAUAUGAGCUGUGCCAAGAUAAGCUCCUACAUUUUAUGUCGGAAUGGUGUGACACACCCAAGGAAGUGGAAGCUUCGUGUUGCUACGAAGACUGCGCGGUGAAAUACGAUGAUGAGCUCCUACCUGCUCGACAAAUUCAGCGUGAGCAGCUUGUAAACUGCUAUUUGAGAAUCCCUCAUUCCAUCAAGCAAACAGUGCCUGCCGACAUUGUGGAAAGGUUCUCGCAGAAAAAGCCUGAAGUCAAGACAGAAAAUUCUGAAGAUCACAUUCUCAUCCGCAAGGUGAACUACCAAUACCCUGGCCCUUGCACUAUCCGAACUCGCAAACAAGUGGUAGGAAACUUCCUCUUACAUUCCGAAAAUGGUGGCAGCCCACAUUGCGUUGCUGUGAAGCAGGACGAGGAAGACAAGCUGAUUGUUUUUGACACAGAUGGUGUCUUCCACUUAGCAGUAGCUGACUUCGAGACAGCGUUGUUAGGUGGUGUGGAUGCUGCCACGUGUGUUAUUUUCAAACUUCAGGACGGCAAAAAGGAUACAGAUGUGGGUAUGUCCGAUUUUGAGAACCUCCUGGACUUAGCAGCAGGGAGUUCUGAAUCAAAUGAAGAAUGCACUACAGACGAUGCUCAGGACACAGCAUUACUGCCAGAGGUGUCCGAAAAGAAGGGAAGCUUUGAUUGGCUAGAUGACACUGGACGUGUGAUCACCGACCAGGUGUUGUUGAGUGAUUUGCAAACGGAGGCGCAAAAGUUUAUGGAAGCUGCCAAGGCUGGACAAUUCCGAGCCGAACGCGGUGCUUUUCAAUGCCCUGCGUGCCCCUUCCGGAAGUUCGACCGCUGCAAGCGUCUGGCUGUCCAUCUUUCUCGGUAUCAUACAGCAAAGCGUCAGUUCUGUUGUUCCGGCACAAAGCAGAUCAAAAUCAUUCUUGCUCUCCAUGACUCAGACAUGAUUGCUGAAAAAAGGCAAGGGAACUACCUGAAGCGAAGCGCCACGCUGCUAAGAAGAUCUAUCAAGCCAAUGCUUUCGCCGCAGAACAACGCCGUCGACAAGGAAAUUCGGUUUCUAUUGGACGCGUCAGGUCCAAGGGUAGUGCAUCGGCAAGCGCUUCGCAGCGCGCGUUGA